GCCAUUUUGGGAGCUGGUGCAACAGAUGCAUUUGGAAGCUGCUGCCUGUUUUUGGUGCUUUCACUGCAGUGCUGUGCAAAAGAAGAACCGAGAUGGCUCCACCAAAUAUUUUAUUGACUCAUAAUGGACAUACAAAGCUAUUUGCUUCCCUGUCUUCAGUGUACACAUAACGAAUCGCGAUGCCACUUGGAACGCCCGAUAUGGAUCAUGCUGCGAUAACCAGCUGAUAACUGCCACUUGUCGAGAAUAAUUCGUGUACUUCCUUGUUUAGUUAUGACACCAAAUACAGCCACUGAAGGCUUCUUGAAAUAAUUUGCCGUUUCAGAAUAAUGUAGUUAUUCGAAAUACAGAUGAAUGUGUCGCUUUUCUGUUACGAUAAUGAGAACUAUCGCCAAAAUUAAAAUCAUUACAUACUGAAAGUAGGCCUAUAGCUGUAUGUGCAAGAUGGCAAAUGUUUCGAGUGACUUACUAGUAGUCCAAAGGAUAUGCGGUCGAUAGUUUUAUGUAGAUCGAUGUUCAACAAUAUACUGAACAUAUUUUGAAACAAAGCUCAACAAAUUUAAAAACAUUUAGAAAGUGACGACCUGGCACAAAAAAACUCUUCUACAGGAUCCGCAUCUCUUCAUAAUCACAGAAAAAAUGUGAAUAGGAAAGACCUCGAUUCAAGUCAUUCAAUACUUGUUUUGACCAUGGGCGAUCCACACAACAGGAAAAAUUUAGCUGUUAGCCGUCUGCGGCAUCAAUUGAGAAAGAAGAGGGAAUCUUUGGCAGACCAUUUUGAGUUCAAGAUGUAUAUUGCCUUUCAUUUUAAGGAAAAGAAAAAGAAUUGUGCCUUGUUUGAAGUUGCUGAGGUGGUACCAGUUAUGACAAAUAACUAUGAAGAUAGUAUUCUCAAAGGAGUAAAGGAAGAAGCAUAUACUUACGAAAGUUCCAAAGAGCUUUUAGAAAAAGAUGUUGUACAAUUGCAUGCACCAAGGUGGCAGUCCAUGAGGAGGGAUGUGUUAGGAUGCACUACAGAAAUGGACUUCUUUCUUUGGCCUCGCAGUGACAUCGACAAGAUAGAGUGUAUGCUGUUCUCCAAAUGGAAAGGAGAUGAAAGUCCCUUCAAACCUAUCCAGGCCGAGUUUAGAUUUGACCAUGCUGAUUAUGAGAAACAACUGAUGCGACUCUUGACUAAGAAAGAAAGAUCCGGCCUCAUCAUCAAUAACCCAGACCAGUCAAUGUUUCUCUUUAUUGACAAAAACCAACUACAGACCAGCAAAAACAAAGUGAUUGUGUUCAAACUAUCCAGCAUGUGUUUGUACCUACCCCAGGAUCAACUGACAUCAUGGGGACCAGGCACCGCGGAGGAGUUACUGUCUCCCCUUAUGGCCGAGCCUCAGUCAGAACCCCAGGGAUGAUCGGUCCUCGCCCAAGGAUGAGGCUUGUGGAUAGUGCAGCUCAUGUUCUGUAUAGUCUCUCAAACACUUAAUCAGAUACUGAAUAGUAGACAAUGGCUGCUUUUGUUUUAGUGAUUAAUCAACAAACCGAUAGUGUAAAUAAUUACGAUAAUACAUACAAAUUGUGUAUGUCAUUUGUUAUUCAUAGUCUUUGUUAUAACUUUCUUUUUAAACCUUUCGUGUAAGCAGCCAUUUUGUGUAUUAUACUAAAUUCAUUCCGUUUACAGUUUGCUCAUUUUAAAUGCCAUACAGUAUACUGCGCAAUGAGUGCUCCUAAACCUUUUUUUGUAAGAGAUGGAAUAUGAUCUCUUAACAUUUACAUUUUCGUUUGCUAUUGUAACAGUUUUUACAUUCCUGCUUUCAUUGCAAUUUCAUAUUUUCUAAAAAUGUGGUAAAACUUGUGCAAGAUUUUACUUCCUAAUUUUCCUAAUGAGAAACCAAAAUUAUUUCGGAUCAGCUCAAAUAAUUUUUGUUUUCCUAGUCAUGGAAGUUGGUAAUGUGGAUUAAAUCUAAUGUUUCUUGCCUUCCUUCCUGCAAUGCUUUUUAUUACCAUAUUGGUAUUUUACUUCAAGUUAUGAUUGAAAAUGGCAUGUUUUGGUUUUGAUGAAUUUCAUAUCAGACUAUAUGUUUGUUUAUCAAAUAGACUUUUCCGUUGGCCUGGCCAUCGAUUUAACAAUUUCCAGUAGCUACUGGUAUUCUUGUUUUGAAUUCUGAUACUGAUGGAUAGUUGAACCUCAUAAGUCUCUUUCGGCCUUGAAUGAAUUAUAAAUAAUAGAUACAACCUUGACAUAGGAAAUUUCCUUAGGGUCAUUGAUAAUGUUUGUUGUAUUAAAAAAAAAAGAAAAAAAUAGAGAGUAUAUUUGUCAGAAUGAAAUGAUACAUGUACACUGUCUUGGAAGCUGUGCUGACAGCCCAGUUGCAGUAACAUAUAACAAUCAUGAUUAGUUAAGACACGGCAUUGCUUACUUUAUGUCCGAUAUGCUACCUGGGAUGUAAUAUACCAUAUUUGGUCGCCUUGAAAAUAUUAUAAACCAUUUUUUGUGUCUCAUAGAUCAGAGGAUUAAUCUUUCAACUAUCCAAAGUACCAGUAAGGAAACAUGAUGAUUCAAAAUUAAGAUGUACCUAGCUACAAUUUGUGUUUAGCAAACAGAAAUUUCCCCAUUCAUUUAUUUUGCAUUUAAAAUAAUAUCUUAUUAUUUAUGUUAAAGCUUUCUGUUAUGUAUGUGAUAUGGCACAUAAAAUGAUGUGUGGAUGAAUGUGUGUGCUAUAAUAACUGGUCUCCAUAUAGUUUGGGUUGGUAGUUAAGGAAAUGUGCAUAUUGACAUCAGUUGGGGUCAGCUGUGUGAAUAUCUAUUUUGUUCUGAAACAUUCUGUUGGGGUCAGCUGUAUGAAUAUGUAUUACUUGACCAUAGCAUAAUCGUGGGGGUUGACUGUGUAAAUGUGUGUGCAAUACUGGCCUGUAGUGUUUAGUUGGGGUCUACAGUAUAGAUGUGUGAGCGUUACCUUGUACUUGUUUGCCCCUCAGUGUUUAGUUGGGGUCGGCUGUGUAAGUAUGAGUACUACUGGCCAGUAGAGUUCUAUUCGGUUUGACUGUGUAAAUGUGUGAGCUCUGGGGUCAGCUGUGUAAAUGUUGUUAAAAGAUAACUUGACAGGAAGGGCCAAAUGUGCUAUGCUGUAGUGCAACAUCCCUCGUCCACCAACUUUUUUCUUGUAACAUCUUCUCAAAAACGAAAAGGCCUAGAAUCAGAUUUGACUUGUAAGUUCACAAUGUUUGCGAAAAGAAAUGCCUGGACCCUAUAUUCAAGGUGAUAGGGGUCAAAUGUGUUUAAACAUUAAACAACUUCAAAGGCCUAGAAUAAUGAUGUUUGUCUUGUAGGAAUAACCUUGACCUAUAUUCAAGUUCAGAGGGGUAAAAUUUGUCAAAAUAUUCAACAACUUCUGAUUACGAAAUGGUCCAAAAUCAAGAUAUUUGACUGGUAGGUUCCAGGGAUGAUGCUCAACAAACUUUGCUAAAAGAAAUGACCUUGGCACAUAUUCUAGACCACUGGGGUCAAAUUUUCUAAAACUCUCAAUGGAAUUCUCCUGAUUAACUGAAAGACCUAGAAUCAAGUUAUUUUGAUAAACUGAAAAGCAGAGAAUCAUCAAAGAAGUAAAACCAGGUGAGAGAUGUAUGCCCAUUUGGCCUCUUGUUUAUUCUUUAGUGCUAUCCAUUUUAUGAGUAAAAUCAUUUUGUUUUUUGUGUGAACAGAAUAUAUGAAACAAAUAAUAUCAUUUAUUAACAAAAGUUUUGAAAUACACAUGUACAUGGACCUUUAUAUUUUGAAAUGAAAAUUAAUCAUUUCUAUAAAAACAAAAACAAAAAAAAGAACAAAAAAAAACAACAGAAAAAUAACACGGUUAUAGGGAAAUUAUGAACAAUUUCCUUAACCUAGUGAAUUCAUAUUUCAGAAAGAUUUACAAAAUAUUUCUAGAAUGUCAAGGCUACAAAUCCUUGUUUAUUGGUCUUUGCAUAUUUACCUUGCAUCAAUAUUAACUAAAAAAAAAAACAGAAAUGCUUAAGCUUUUGCCAAGAAUUUUCACAUCAUAUAUGAAUUUUAAAUCACAUCUGUAUCUGCUGAAAUUCAGCACAACUACUAUAUGUACAUUUUUGUAAACUAAUUUGAAAUGCAGAUUGAUGUUGAAGGUUCAUAGAAGUGGUCACUAAGUUUGUUCUUUACCUUAAAACAUCCUCAUGGUUGUGAGCUUGUAAAAUACAACUACAUUCAUUUUCUAUUAUUUUGUUUUCAAUAAAGAGCAAUACAUGUA